AUGGUCACCAAGGGCAAGGUGAAGGAUGGGCUCCAGGUGGUAGUCUCGGGCGUGGCGGGCCUUCUCGCGGUGGCGGCGGCGGUCGUGGCAGCACCAGAGGGGGUCAUGGAGGUGGAGAGAGAGGUCGAGGUGGGUUCGCUGGCCAAGGCUUCGGCAACAACCACGAAGCAGGCAGAGGCCGAGGAGGGCGCGGCGGACGUCGUCGUGCUGGACGUUCACCUUAAUCACGGAGGCAAUUCAGAUCAGCCUGAUGAUGUUCCGGCCGCCUCUACCUGCGUUGCGUCCAACAUCAUCACUCGUGACGACGGAGAAGAUGGACCUUACGAAUGCAGGGCCACGCAGGUCUACCCCCUCUACCAUCGUCUGCUCCUGGGUGAACCCGCUGCCCUGGAUAUUGAGUUCCAGAACUACUUGCACAAGAAAUGGGCUAAGUGUCGCCACCAGAUCGGACGCAUCGCAAUCACCAACACUAAGGGCGGCCGAGUUGCAAUUCAUCAACACCAAGGGCGAGCUAGUCCUAGACGUCACGCCGCCUACGACCGUGAAGAAGACGUCCGCAAGUUCUUCCCGCCGGUCUAG